AUGGCGUCCUUGCUGCAGUCGGAGCGGGUUCUCUACCUAGUCCAGGGAGAAAAGAAGGUUCGGGCCCCGCUCUCGCAGCUUUACUUCUGCCGCUAUUGUAGCGAGCUGCGGUCGCUGGAAUGUGUAUCUCACGAGGUGGAUUCCCAUUAUUGUCCCAGUUGCUUAGAAAAUAUGCCAUCGGCCGAAGCCAAACUGAAAAAGAACAGAUGUGCCAAUUGCUUUGACUGUCCUGGCUGCAUGCAUACCCUCUCUACCCGAGCAACAAGCAUCUCCACACAGCUGCCAGAUGACCCAGCCAAGACCACAAUGAAGAAAGCCUAUUAUUUGGCCUGUGGAUUUUGUCGCUGGACGUCUAGAGAUGUGGGCAUGGCAGACAAAUCUGUAGCUAGUGGUGGUUGGCAGGAACCUGAAAAUCCUCACACACAGAGGAUGAACAAACUGAUUGAAUAUUACCAGCAGCUUGCUCAGAAAGAGAAAGUUGAACGAGAUCGCAAGAAACUGGCACGACGUCGAAACUAUAUGCCUCUGGCAUUUUCGCAACACACUAUUCAUGUAGUGGACAAAUAUGGUCUUGGAACCAGACUUCAGCGACCACGAGCUGGUGCAUCCAUCAGUACCCUGGCUGGACUUUCCCUUAAAGAAGGAGAGGAUCAGAAAGAGAUAAAGAUUGAGCCAGCUCAGGCUGUAGAUGAAGUGGAACCUCUACCUGAAGACUAUUAUACAAGACCAGUAAAUUUAACAGAGGUGACUACCCUUCAGCAGCGCGUCUUACAGCCAGACUUCCAACCAAUCUGUGCUUCACAGCUCUAUCCUCGCCACAAGCAUCUUCUGAUAAAACGGUCCCUACGCUGUCGGAAAUGUGAACAUAAUUUGAGCAAGCCAGAAUUUAAUCCAACAUCUAUCAAAUUUAAAAUCCAGCUGGUUGCUGUCAAUUAUAUCCCAGAAGUGAGAAUCAUGUCAAUUCCCAAUCUUCGCUACAUGAAGGAGAGCCAGGUGCUCCUGACUCUAACAAAUCCAGUGGAGAAUCUCACCCAUGUGACGUUGUUGGAGUGCGAGGAAGGGGACCCUGAUAAUAUCAAUAGCACUGCUAAGGUGGUGGUGCCUCCCAAAGAGCUCAUUUUAGCUGGCAAGGACGCAGCAGCAGAGUACGAUGAGUUGGCAGAACCCCAGGACUUUCAGGAUGACCCUGAUGUUAUAGCCUUCAGAAAGGCCAACAAAGUGGGAAUUUUCAUCAAAGUUACACCACAACGCGAGGAGGGCGAUGUGACCGUAUGCUUUAAGAUGAAACAUGAUUUUAAAAACCUGGCAGCACCCAUCCGCCCCAUCGAAGAAAGUGAGCAGGGCACAGAAGUCAUCUGGCUCACUCAGCAUGUAGAACUCAGCUUGGGCCCACUUCUUCCUUAA